AUUGCAAGGUGCCGCAGGCCUGGUGACUUGGGGAGGUGUUGUCGUUUUACCCGCCAUGCCUGUUCAGGCCUCCUUCCACCCCCGCAGUGUGGCAUGUCUCGACAGCCCAGAACCCUCCCUCCUGUCCUCUCGCGCUAGGGUGCGUUCCCAUCUCUCUGUGUUGCUGCCCAACGUCCCCUCGCCAGGUGACCCUAUACCAGAGCCGGCUGACCAGACCUGUUAAACUAUGGUCUGUCCGUUUUUCCCUUUUCCCUCUUCCUCGCAUUUCUGCCCCUUUCUGAAGGGCUGCUCCCUCCCACCCUCCCCACCCGUAUAGCUGCGCCGUCCAGCCAUCUCACAGGUAUGCUGCCCCCACGUUGUCGUUGCAAGGUGUCGCAGGCCUGGUGACUGGGGGAGGUGUUGUCAUUUCACCCGGCAUGCCUGUUCAUCCCUCCUUCCACCCCAGAAGUGUGGCGUGUCUCGACAGCCCUGCUCCCUCCCUCCCUCCUUCCCUCCUUUUGCCAGCGUUGUCAUCAAUCUGGUUUGAUGCCCAAGGUUCCCCCCACGCCAGGUGGCCCUACACCGGUGCCCAGUGACCAGUCUUGUUAUACCCUAGGUUCGCGUUGAUCUUCCUCCCCCCCCUUCCUCGAAGUUCAUCCGGUUCCCAAAGGCCUGCUCUCUUGCUACCUCGCCAAUCCACCCAGUCCCGCUUCCGCAGGCACGCUCUCUCGCCCCUUCCCCAUCCGCCACGCGGCACAAGGGCCUUCUUGCCUUUUCACUAUUGCGCUGCCCUGGGUUCAUCAACAGGUCUUUCUAGCCUGUUGCCGGGCCGGGGUGUUCUCAUCACAACUGCCUCUCGUUCAUCCCUCCUUCCACCCCUGCAGAGCUGCGUGUGUCGACAGCCCAGCCCCCUCCCUUCCUCCCUCGGUCGUCUUGAUGGCAAUGCAAUACCAAGGUUCCCCUCCGCAGGUGGCCCUAUACCAGUGCCGACUGACCAAUCUUUGUGUACACUGGCCUUUCCGCUGUUACCCUUUCCAUCCCUCCUUGCAGUUCUGCCCAUUUUCGAAGGCCUGCCCCAACGCUCCCUCGCGGGUGGGCCCGGCCAGCAGAGGCCGUCUUGCCUUAUGACGGUUAUGUUGCCCACGGUGUCGUCCCUGGGAGUCGCAGGUUCAGUGCCUGGAUGUGGUGCUCCCAUAACACCCGCAUCCUGUUCAUCCCUCCUUCCACCUCUGCAGUGCUGCCCGUGACCCCAGGCCAGCACCCUCCCUCCCUACCUCUCUCGUUUGGGGGUGUUGCCAUCCCUCCGUUUUGCUGCCCCAGGUCCCCUUGCCAGGUGGACAUAAACCGGUGCGGGCUGUGUGGUGUCAAGCCCUGGGCCGUCUGUUGAUCCCUCCUCCCCUCCUCCUCGUAGUACUGCCCGUUCACAGGGGAGGGGUGCCCCCUCUCACGGCAUCCCUCCCCGUCCGUAUAACUGCACUGGCAAGCCGUCUCCCCGUGAUGCUGCCUCCAGCAUCAUUUGCAUGCUAUUAGCGAGCGAUGAGGUGCUGUCGUUAGACCCGCCAUCCCCGUUCAUCACUCCUUCCACCCCCGCUGUGGUGUGUGUAUAGAUAGCCCAGAAAACGCCCUCCAUCCCUCUCUCCUUUAGAUUGCGCUGCGAGCUCUUUGUCAUUUCGUCGGCAAAGGGUGCACUCACCGGGUGGCCCUAAAACGGUAUUGCCAGGGUGACCGGUAUUGUUAUGCCAUCGCCCUCCUGCUGAUCCCUCCCCCCCUCCUUCCUUAUAUGCCCGUCUCCGCCGUGCGAAUGCCUGAGUACCGGGCUGCUUGCCCCAGAGGGUGUGUGUCGGUGGUUUGCUGCCCCUUGUUCCCGACGCAGGUGGACAGGGCGCCGGCUCACAACAGUGAUAGUUGUGUUGCAUUUUUUCCCUAUAUUUCUGCCCCCCCUAUCAUCGGCUCAGGCUGCCAGCGGGGCGAGUGGGAUAGGCGAGUCCACUGACACUAGUUGCGGGGCCCCUAUGCCUGGCAUGGGUUGUGAUUGUUGUCCUGCACCCCCCCAGGGCUAUUAUAAGGAAUCGUUGGAGCGGAUGGUGCGGGAAGUGCCCCACGAUGGCGUAAAAUUCUUCCCUGGGCUCACCUCUCGGAAGGUGGGGGCCAAGGUUGUGCUCUUGGAGACGCAUGUGUUCUCGACGAUGGAGUACAAGUUGAAGAUGAAAACCCUAGGUUACUCAUCUCGUCUCAACAGCGUUUGGUCGCAUUUCCGGAACGAGACGUCCACACGGGCAAGGCAUGUGGUGCUUGUGUGGAUGCAAGUGAUCCCCGCUGACGCACCGGUGACGGCGCAUCGCAUUCUUCCCCGGCGCAAGAAGCACCUGUGGAACCUUUUUGCACCGAGUGAGCUCUCAUGCUUCUAGUACUUUCUUAUUUCCCCAGGUUGUGGAGCCGCAUGAUGCCCUUUCUCCUCCCACACACUCCCGACCCUCGCCCACGUAAGUACCGUCCGCAUUUCCCAUGGACCCGUGGCUGCUGCUGCUUAUACGCACAACCGCAAUGCUUGUUCAUGUGGAGCGCCCGUGGGACUGUGCCUGUGCCUGUGCCUGUGCCCAGCACGACGAUUGCCCUAGUGUACAUGCCCACUGCCCUGUGAUUGAGAUCCUCCUAAGCCAUUCAAUCAGUGAUGCAUAUGGUUUUUCUUGUCAUCACAUCCCGUGUUUCGCUCAUAUCCACUAUCCUCGUGUCCAGUCCCUUGUCGACCACCCUCGUAUCCCCGUACCAGCAUACUCCUCACCCUCAUCCCCCCCGCCCUCAAGCUGCAACCCCCUCUUUUCCCCUGCCCUCAUCUCCCAUGCCCUGAUUUUCCCUGUCCCCAUAUCCACAGCCCUCUUCUCCCCUUUCUCACACCCUCCGCCUCUUACACACCCUCACACACCCUCCGCCUCUUAUCCACUGAACUCAUGUCACACAUCCUCCGCCCCCGUGGCUGCACUCCUCCUUUGUGACUGUGUGGGGCGUGUUCGUCUCCCUUCCCUCCCAUGCUGUACGGGCCUUCGCAUUGUGUGGCCGCUCGAACUCUUCCUUAUUAUCCACCCGCGUCCAUGGUCCAAGCUGUCAUAUACAUGGCAGUGCGUCAUCGAGGGGAGCUGGUGAGCACAUGGUCCGGCAGGCCCAAUGACCCGCGACCGCUCGCGGGGCGGAUCUUUUUUCAAGCCGCGGUUGCCGCGUUUGGCGAUUGGGAGGUCGAGGGGAAGCUCGUUCUGCACCCAUGCCACAUGGCAUGGGUGUUGCUGUUGGUUGACUGGGGCAUGCGCUGGUUCAAGGAUGAUUGCAUGCACCUCUCCAAGUCGCCAAAGAAGAAUGCAGCAGCCCUGGCUGGUCUUGCAGAGCUUGUGAUUGCGACACUGGACUCAUUCCUUCGUAGCCAGAGGGUUGAGGAGAGGGGGUUUGAGCGGCGAUGGAGCGCCUUCAAAUGGGGUGAUUACGGCCUCUACAUCCACGAGAGCGCCUUCUCUGCGCUCAAGCCUGCCUCGGUGGCGGGAGCUGGUUCUGGGUCGGCCAGCAGCGGCGGCCGUGGCCCGGAGGCUUCCGUAGUGUCGCGUGGCCAUCGCGUGUGUUAGUAUUGCUGAAACAGAUGGGGUGGCGGUGUCUGUUUUGUCACCGUUUCUGCCUGGUGUGGCCUUCGGCGGUAGGAGGUUUUGAUUGUAGUUUGUGUGGUUUUUUGUUUGGAUAUUAAGUGUGCAAGGCGUUAAUUUAUUUUAUCAAUAU